AUGUUGGAAACCUCGGAGUCCGAAGAUGAUACUCAACAACAAACUCUACCUGUACCUAUUCAUCCAGACGAUGCCAAAGAUAAAGUAUUCACAGCCAUCCUGAAGGCUUUACUCAAGAUGGGAAAUAAACCAAGUUCUCCAAAGGAAUUGGCUAAUGUUAUUAUACAAAGUGACUAUGCUACUUUAGGAGGGGCGACGCCCUUUGCAACUGUAUCUUCUCGUAUCUCUCAGCAUUUCAAAAGAGCAGCACAACAUAAUCCACCUCGACCACCUUUACUUGCCAAGCAUACUGAUGCCCUUCACGCUAGAAAAUUCAGUUAUUCUCUUGCCAAAUCUCCUUGUCCAUCUUCUCCAAGACCUACUUCAAUAUCCAAACCGCAGCAAAAGUCGAUUUUGACUCAAAAGUCUUUUACGUCACCAACAACACCUGCUGGACAGAGAACCGACAAACGACUGCGCAUCAAAAAACACGAUGAUUUGUACAUAUACAAUGACACUUCACGAAAGAAACAAAAGCAACCUGUACCAACACCACCAUUGUCAUUGUCACCACAACCAAAAGCAUUAUCAAAUGAUUCUAACAGCUCUAUUAGGAGGAAUCAAACUUCACUUUUACACCAAUCGAACAAGGAUGAUGAUUCUGAUGGUGAACAUUCCGAUUAUUAUGAGAAAAUGCUCAAGGAAGCAGCUGUUUACGAUGGAAAUUUGGCGUCAAACGGAAAAUCAUCUCCAACACCGAUAACUGGAUCACCUGGACAAUCUCAGCAAAACUUAUUCAAUGACAACAAUCCAAUGGACUUUUAUCAACAACAAGAAACAGAUCAAAAUGCAUGGACAUCUGACAACGUUUUUGCAACUGAUUUUGAGGAUCCUGUAUAUGUCCCAGAUGCUUCAACUGCUCAUCAUAUCCCGUUCAACAUUGAUACACCAGAAUCUGUCCCCAUUUCUGAACUGGAUACCUAUUUUACAACUGAAACAUCAUCAACAUCAGCUAUAUCUACAGUUGCACAACCAGCAAGUACUGCAGCCAGAACCAAUCAUCAAAUAUUCAAUAACAUCAAAGAUACGACUCCAUCUCCAUCCAUACAACGCCCACAAACUGACUGUCGUUCUGAUACAAAUGAUGAUUGUGACUUUUUUGAUAAUGAUGAUAAUGGUGGUGCUGAUGAAGAUGCUAUUCACCAACGAAGACGACAACGACGACAUUCCUGGCCUAUUCUAUCACACCAAUCACUAUCGAAGGAUUUUUUCAAUACUACUUUCAAUAAAAAUGACACUCAUCUCAUACAAAGGAACAAGCCAAUGGACUUUUCAAGUGGACAAGAUCUCCUAUUGAAUGGGUCUACUUCAUCAAGUCAAACAACCGAAUCAGAACCAAAGAAUGAUCAGGUCGAUCUCCAAUCAGAUGAAUCCAAAAAUACCCUUGUCCAAUCCUCUUCCUUGACAGCGCAUAUCUAUGACGAAGACAGUAGCAGCAUGUUUAUCAAAUAUGAUCACAGCAACGACAAUGACAAUGACAUACCUCGACAAACAUUAUCAAAUAGUUCGGACAUAUCACUUAGCAUUGCAUCACUCACAGAACUAUUGGAAUUAAUGCAUGAUCAACAACUCAACUUUGCAUCGUUACAGCGUCUCAUCAACACUACCCCUCACUUGAUGUAUUUGGCGCCAACUGCUGAACUUGUACAAUCUUUGGCGAUACACCUCCGACGAAACGCAGCUAGUAAUGAAAAAGAUUCUCAAUCAAUAGUGGACAACAUGUCAAAUACGAAAAUCAAUGCCAAUAUGGAAACUAUCUUGAACCGGUUCCCCGUACUGAAACUUAUUCUCAACAAUCGACAAGAUAAGGAUACAACUGAUAACCAAUCAACUAGUCCUGUGAUGAUACAUACAAUCACCAAAACAAAUCCAACAUUAUAUAUUACAGUAAUCGAUCAAGUAGCGGUGUGUGUAGCUGUACUCGCCAAAACAUCAGUUUCACCUGAAUAUAGAAUCAUGCGACGACUGGACUCAGAUUACAUCAAUGGGACAACAUUACUUAUGGCAGGCGGGAUUGACUCAGAACGUGAACGUAGCGUUAUUUUCAGCUUGGAAAAGGAUCGAAUACGAAUACGAAAGCAAAAAAGUGGACUCUAUGGUACAUGGAUUCCUCUACGAAGAGCUCAAGAAUUAGCAGUGACUUGCUCUAUUGAACAUCGGUUAGGUCCCUUCUUGGAUGAUAACAUUGAAGCGCAUUUCCCUUAUCCUUUACCUGUAUCUGUGAUCAAACGACAACCUACAAAAAGAAUAUUGAAACGUCAACAUCAGCCAUUCUCAUGGGUAGUAGAUAACGAUACCAGCAGUUCUUCUCAAUCUACUCUUGACAAUAGUACGUUAGUUUUCUCGACAAACUCUACCAUCACAUCUAUCGAGACUGAAAAUGAUGAUGGUCAUCUUGCUGAAAUGCUGAUUUCAAGUCCAUUAUCCAAUCUGAAACCCAAGGCUCCAUUACUAGGCAACUUCCAGCUGGCAAGUCAUACUGAAGCAAUUGAAGGUGAUACUAUUGACAUAUCAACGACAACAACGACAUAUUCAACUGAUACUAUGGAUGAUUCUGAGGAUCAAGGAACAGAUACUGAUUCAGAGAUUGAAGAAGUCCGAAUUCAACUGAAAAGGACUCGGGACGCUGCCAUCAAUGCCAUAGCUGAUGCCACUGAUCUGGACGACAUCAUUACGAAACAACAUCCAAUAAACUUUAGUAGCAGAAAACGACCUUCAUCAUCAUCUACAAUGGAUUUCAACGAAAGACAACGCUCACGUCGUAUACGCCGAUUGAACAAAGAUAUUGAUAUCAUCAAUGACAUACGAUCAUCAAAGAAACGUUUACCUAUCAACAACAACACAAAGAAAUCAACCUCCAAAAGUAUUGAUACCAUCGACAAAUCGAAAAAGAAUUUUGAACCUUCAUUCAUCAAGAAAUCUGCAUCAUGGGCUGGAUCACUCAGUUUACGAAGACCAACAACAACAAUUACGAAUAAAUCAAAACCUCUUGCAAAACGACCUCGAAGAUCAUCCAAAUCUCAAAAAACAUUUCCAUCUACAAAAUCACAAACUGAUGCCGAAUCAUCUACAAAACAUAUGCCAAAUAUAUCCCAUUCACCUCAAGAAAACAAGAUCAACUGUCCUCUUAUACUUUCUUUGGAUAAACCUAUAGUAUCCUUACCAACUUCCCCAUCCAUCCAAGAAGACGAAUCAAGUGAUGAAAUCGACAUUGGUGGCAGUGACUUUGGUGACGAUUUACGAUGA